AUGGCUUUUUUUCACAAAUCUAUCUCCAGUUCUACAUUGCUCUCUCUCAAAGGUUCCAGAUGGUGGCUUAAGGGAAGGAAAAGGGCGGCGACCGUGGCUCCAAAGAAGGAAGACGCCACGAUGAUGGCUUCAGGGAAGGAAGAUGGCAGCGCUUGGCGGGUUCACACACUGUUAAAAGGAUUGGAAAAGACAGUUGCAAGUGCAGAUAUUCCAAUGUUAGUGUGUGGUGACUUCAAUUCAGUUCCAGGAAGUGCCCCUCAUGCACUUCUUGCAUUUGGAAAAGUUGAUCCAAUGCAUCAAGAUUUAGCAGUUGACCCUCUUGGAAUCUUGCGACCUGCCACUAAACUCACUCACACUCUUCCCUUGGUUGAUAUCUAA